AUGACAAAUCGUACCGUUUCCGUUGCUAAACCUUUCUGUUCAACGGAAUUAUUAACCGAUGAAUGCGCUCAGACUGUAUUCAAAGCAAAACGAAUGGGUAGAAAUUGGAAAGAAAUCAAUCAAAAAUUGAACAUCGGUAUUAAAAAAGAGCGAUCAAAGCUGAAAUUUGUCCUGCAAAAAAUCAACAACGAAUUUCCGGAUAAGAAAACUGAUAUUUUAGCAUUAAUUCUGAAUAGUGUACUGUUCAGUACGGAAGAAGAUUUGAUGGAUGCAAUAAAAGAAUUUAGGAAUACUCCAGUUAUGUCAAUAUUUGUGGAUGCUAUAGGAUUAGCUGGUACAAUGAAAUCAUAUACUGCUGGCAAAAAUGCUUUCACUACUGAAGUUCCAGAAUUUCUCGAACGUUUCCUUCAAGCUCUCUCACAAACGACAAAGAUUGAUAUUGCAAUUAUUAAUGAUCUCAAGAUUUGGAUGAAAAAUGCAACUGAUAAAUAUUAUAUGAAACAUAUAGCAUUUACUAUUGCAAAUCUUUAUCGUCGCUAUUGUGAUUCAUCAAAAGAUCGCAAAUAUUCAUGCGAAAAUGGGAAAAAUGAAGAUGUCAAUGAAUUCAUCAAAGAUAUCAUAACACAAUGUAUGGAUAACGAUUGUCAUAAAAGUGCAUUACAAAUUUUUGAAAAUUUACCAUUAUUAAAUUUAUUACCAUAUGCAAUUCAAUUUCUAUGCACUACAAAUAAUAAUAAUACAAACUUAGUACAACAAGAAGCACUACGAUUCCUUCAACUUUUUGAUGGCAAACAUUUUCAUUGGAAGACAAUCAAUAAAUUACUUUCUAUCUUUCGUAAUACAUGUCCGUUACAUCAAACAAUCACUGAUCAAACUCUUGCCAUUGAGGUAUUGCUGAAUAUUUUACCAUAUAAAGAAUUAAUUGGAACCUAUUUACUCAGGUGUGAAGAACUUUUUCCAAGAGAACAUGAAAAAUGGAUUUACUUUUAUAGAAGUAUUGCUCGAAGACGGCAAAUUUCCCCUGAUUUCAAUUCAUAUUGGAUAAAAAUGCGUUCAUUUCGUAUAUUUCAACCAAAUUAUGCUCAUCGUAGUUUAAAAGCUACCUCAGAUGUUUCUGCAAUCAAUAUAGCAGGUAAUUGA